AUGGUGGCUUCAGGUUUUCGGCGAUUUGCGGAGCGGGUGGGUGACGGAGUAGGGCAGCCACGCGUGGACGAGGAUGGUGAAGAGCUGAUGCACGUACAGCCUGGUGUGGGCAUUGCCCUCGGGAACCGACCGCAGGAGUUCCCUGGGACGCUCUAUAUAACUAGCAAGUACUCGUUCUCUACCUGUAUGCUUGUUUUCAUCUCUCCGGCGGCUGUUGCCACUCCUUUCUGUCUCUCUUGCCAGCCGUUGCUCGUUUGCUGGGGGCCUGUACGCCUGAUCAUAUAUUACGUUGCUUAUUUUUUCUCCUCGGUUUUCUGGUUGGGCGUGGUCAAGGAGGGUGAUAUGGCUGAGCGACACGGACCACACAAGAGGCUAUGCUGUGGAUUUCUUGGCGAUUUCACUCCAUGCUGUUUCCAGGGACCCUGACGCUUAUGCUUUUCCCUGCAUCUACGCUCAGGUUCGAUGUUUCCAUUUACUACGGUGAUCAAAAUUAUGAAGUUCGUUUCGGUAUUUGCACCACGUCGGCUAGAAUUUUGUGAAGAUUUUUUGGCAAAGCCUACUUGUUCUUGACCCUUGUCAGCCGCUGACAUCUUAUCAUCUAUGAUCACUUUUUCGCGUAUCAUGGUAGAUCCCGGAUCGUAUUCAGAAUAAGUAAUUCGAAACUGAUUAUAGAAUAUUUCUAAGAAGUUUGCCAUUGGAAUUGAUGAUUAAAAUUAUUAGAAUUCCUUUGAUUAUACAGAUAUGGGUCCUCUUAACGAAAAAAUUGCGAAAAGAAAGUAGAUGCAGCUAUAUGUGAUUGUGAAGAACGAGACAAUUAAACCAAUGGCUAAAAAGUCCAUAAAUAUAUCAUUAAGGAACCAAUGGUUCAUUUAUAAGUUAUUAAAAACAUUUGAAGAUCAUUUAUCUCGUUUCCUUCUCCAGUUAUAACGAAUAUUCGUGGUCAUUUGCUCUGCAGAAGUUGUUGUUUUACUGGAUGCACUCCUUUCAUAAAUUAGGGCCUCAAGUGGAAGCUUGCGUAUUGAAUACAGGUUGCAACAUGUUUAAGUAAAGGCACAGGGUGAAACUCUCCUAGUAGCAAUUAGAUAUCUUUCUAUAAAUACACAUAGGUGCACAAAUGGAUAACAUAUGAGGCAUAUGAAAACAUAAGAAAGCAACAAAAAGAAAGCUAAGUGAUACUAUCUGAUUGAAGAAGAGAAAACGAGAGAUUUGAUAGGAAUUAUCUUUUGAUCUCUUAUUAUUGUUCCUCUCCAUAAUCAAUAUUUUUUAUAUUUUUUCCCUUAGUUGAGAUCGAUUUUAUAUGCUUCUUAAAUCUUUAUGAAGUUUUUCUCCUGGCUUCUCAUUAGUCUCUGAGAUGUUUAAGAGAAUAAAUCUUUUUCGUCUUAUUUUCCUCUGAGUAAUCAUGCAAUUUUUCUUUAGAAACAUCCUCUUAUCUAAAGAUGGGAGCGCAAUAUGUCAUUGUAAAUACUUUACACUAAAAAUAUAGAGGCUUGUGGAAUACAAAUGUGGCAUGACACUGUUGUUAAAAAUUUAUUUAGAUUAUAUGCAUUCAUUCCCUGUCCACAUUAACAAUAGAGCAAGUUGCACCUCCUGUUCAAAAUCAUGGUAUUCAAUUAUAUUGCGUUGUUUUGAUCUUCGUGUUUAAAUACCAAAAGCUAUAAUCUAUACGUGCACUCCUUCAUCAGGACUACAUUCAGAGUCGUCAAUGGAAACUUUGGUUGAUAUAUUUGGAUUUGGGAUUUUGUAGUCAGUAAUAUACGUGAUAUCAUAUUGUGUGUAAGACCAAGUAUUUUACCAUUGGCUCACGAAUUAUUUUAAAAGAGACCUGUCAUAAAAUUACGUUCUUUGUGUGUUGCUUGAAUUUGUGUUGCAUGUGAAGAUUGAAACGGAUGCUGGUGAGGAUGAAAGAUCGGAGGAUUCAGAUUCUGAAUGCAUUGAGGAACUAGAUCCCUCAAAAGUCACUGAGAUGAGGCUCGUGCCAUCAGAACCCAGCCAUUGUAUCCUUUGUUGCUCAUUAUUCUGUGAUGAUUGUAUUGGUGCAUGUUUUCCUGAGGAAAGAACCCUGCAAUCCUGUCAUUAUCCCCAUGAAACAAGAGUUAAUGACUCCUAGACUGCUGAAUCAGAUCUAAAGGAAGUUCAUUAAUUACCAGUUAUGGAUUAGAGAAAAAUCUAUAUAGAACACCUUCAUCUCCACUGAUUCCUUGGCAAGUAAUUUAAAGCUGGAGCCGUUUGCUGUAUGAUGAGUUUCCGUCCCAUGAGCAUAGGAAUGGGUUUCUUCCUCCUAUCCUUAACUUUGCUGGCGGCAGUGGAUGCUCUAUUUGAUAUUUUCUGUGAGGGUGCUGAGCUAAACCCUGAUCCUACUGAAGGUUGGUGCUACUCUCCUAUGCGCUAUAUUUGAUGAAGCUUGUAGUUCAUUCAAGAUAAAGAGGAAAUGGCUAAUCUCUCUCUCUCUCUCUCUCUCUCUCUCUCUCUCUAUAUAUAUAUAUAUAUAUAUAUAUAUAUAUAUAUAUAUCUCGUGCAGAGCAAGGGAGGAAAAUGAGUGGGUUUUUGGAGAUGAGCAAAUUGCUGUCGAUGGUGUUGGUAUGGGUGAUAAUGGUAUGGAUCUCGUUUGAACCCAACUUGCUGUUGAUCCUCAUUAAUCUUGGCUUCUCUGCGUGCGCUCACAGGGGAUGAUUCCGAAUGGCAUCUUUCUGAGGAUCUCGCCAAUCCCAUUGGCCACGCAAAUGGGCAUGAAGACCUGGCCCACUCGGUUCUCGAGGUCAAUUAUCUCUUCAUUCUUUGCCUAAACUAGAAAGAAAUAUCGGGAGAGAGAGAAAAUGCAUUUAUCUUUGAUAUUUUGUUCUGUUUGCAGCUUCAGAUCAACGACCAGAGGUUUGAGGAUGCCGAGGAAGCCGAACAACAAGCACGCAGGCAUACAGAAUGA